AUGAACCCGCACAUUUCCGUCAACGAGUACCCGCCUACUUCAACCCAAGACGACGGCCAUCCCAACUACAACUCCGACGACAUGUCAACCUCGUCGUCAACCUCGUCCGUCAGCGAACAGGACAUGAAGACCGACCCCACACUGCAGCGGCCCCGUCUAGGGAGCCGAAAAUCGAGCGGCACCAUCAUAAUACCCCGCGACAGCCCCAACGUCGAGAUGAAGGAGGAAGAGGAGGAGUACGACGACGGCGACGCCCGCACCAUGAGCCCUCGCCGAAGUAGCGAAGAAAUCGAGAAGAUGGGCCAGGAUGCUCGGCAAGCCUUGAUAGAACAAGCCAAAGCCCUCCAAGCCAGCCUCAUGGAAAUUGUCGAUCGCGUCGAAGUGGUCAAGACGGAGCACGAAAAGCUCGAGGGCGGCAACAAAUUCCUACAAUCAUAUAUUGGCGAGCUGAUGCAAACAAGCAAGUUGACGUCGGCCGGUGCCGGCAAAGCUUCAAAGGUCAAGGGCAAGGGCCGAAGCAUCAAAUAA